GCCAAAACUAUAAAACAGUUGUGUAAAUCCGACAAUGAAAAUACUAAAACUCUGGCUACCAAUAUCUUUGAUGAAUGGAUGAAAAAAGUGAAGGGAAAUAAUAAUAACUCUGAUGAUAAAUCAAAGAAGACAAAGAAAGACAGGAAAGACAAAGACAGGGAUGAGAAGAAAGACAAAGACGAGAAAAAAGACAGUAAAAAAUCGUCCAGUAGCAAAAGUGAUAGCAAAACGAAUAGUGAACACAAAUCAUCGCACCACUCGGAGCAUAGAUCGAGCAGCGAACAUCGAAAUAGUAGUGAUAGUAAAUCAAAGAGCAGGGACUCUAAACACUCGCACGAUUCUAGUCAUCACAAUCACAAGUCAGAUUCAAGUAAAAAGAACCGAGACCGCGAUCAGAAGAUAGAAGAGGAGAACACAGAUUCUAAUUCCAAUGAUAGUGUCGAAAGUGACGAUAAAGUGACCGUUAGGCAAGGUUCGGGGCUCAAGUUGCAUAUUAAAUUAGGAAAUGAUAAGGAACGGACCUCAAGUAAAUCAGACGAAACAGAUAAGAAAAGGAUGUCAACUGUUAAAAGACCGCCAAGCAAAUUUAGAUCAACAGGUUGUUAUAUGUUGAAUAAAGAUUUGUGUUUUUUAAAUGAUUUCGAUCGUGUAAGAAGCACAAUCUAGCAGUGCCUUUAAAAAAAAAGAAAA